AUGGCACUGCUGCCUCGGGAGGGGGCUGCACUUCCCCUCAGGAAGAGUGCCAUAACCGACGCUGUGAAAAGUUUAACACCCCGCGCAUGCGCAGUGUUAACCUAUUGUCACCACGGUACCCCACCGCAAGAUGGCCUCCUAACACAAGUUUUAGGGGCCCCCCAAGCGGACGAAACACAAGAAGUUGCCACUUCUCUAUCUCAGAGGAGAGAGAGAUGGGCGGAGCUCACAACUUCAUCCUGGGUACUGAAAACAGUAUCACGGGGCUACAGGCUUCAGUUUGCCGUUACUCCCCCUCGUUUCUUGGGCAUAAUACAUUCCCAAGCACGGGGAGAGUCUGCUCGCAUUCUACAGGAGGAAAUACACUCGCUGUUAGAAAAGAGAGCGAUAUGUAUAGUGCCCCCCGAUCAGAGUCGAAGCGGCUUUUACUCCAGGUAUUUCCUGGUCCCCAAGCGGGGAGGGCGCGGACUUCGCCCUAUCCUGGAUUUGCGGGCUCUGAACGAAUUUCUCAGAAAAUACAAGUUCAGGAUGCUGACUCAUGCAUCUCUGGUACGUUUGGUGCGCCAGGGCGACUGGUUCACUUCUGUCGACCUAAAGGACGCAUAUUUUCACAUUCCCAUUUACCCUCCACACAGGAGGUAUCUGAGGUUUGCUUUUCGGGGCAUCUGUUACGAGUACAGAGUGCUGCCCUUCGGCCUGUCCCUGAGCCCCCGGGUGUUUGUACGCUGCACCAAAGCAGCGAUAGCGCCGCUCAGGCAGCAGGGCAUUCGUCUGGCUACAUAUCUAGACAACUGGCUCCUUCUAGCGCGAUCGGAGCAGGAAGCUGCGACACAGACGUGUGUCGUCGUGAAGCAUCUAACCGAUCUGGGUUUCAUAAUAAACACAGAAAAGAGUGUGCUGUCUCCGGCACAACAUAUAAUAUUUCUGGGUUUAUCUCUGGACUCGAUCUCCUUCACAGCCAGCCUGUCAGCCGAGAGAGUGAAGGCGUUCAGAGCGUGCCACGCUCUUUUUCGUCUACACAAACUGGUCCGCUUCAGGUUGUGCCUUCGCCUACUGGGACUGAUGGCUUCAGCCAUCCUUGUAGUGCGACUCGGCCGGCUGCAUAUGAGGGAUUUUCAGCGCUGGGUAGCUUCACUCAGACUGAGCCCCGUGCAUCAUGGCGCGCGGAGAGUUACAGUAACAGUGGAUUGCACAAUGGCUUUACGCCGUUGGCGACAUCCGGAUUUUCUGACUCAGGGGGUACCCAUGGGCACUGUUCAGUGUCGGAAAGUGGUCACCACGGACGCGAGCCUGUCCGGUUGGGGCAGUGUCCACGAAGGGCGAUCUGUGAGAGGUCUCUGGAGCGGCACUCUCCAACGAUCCCACAUAAAUUGUCUGGAGCUUCUGGUGGUGUUUCUCACCCUCAGGCGCUUUCUCCCGUUCCUACAGGGACAUCACGUCCUUGUAAGGACCGACAAUACAACGACGGUCGCUUAUAUCAACCGUCAAGGGGGACUGCAUUCACGCCAGUUGCACAUACUGGCACGCAGACUGAUCCUGUGGAGCAGCAAACGUCUCCUGUCUCUGAGGGCCACGCACAUCGCAGGCUCUCUAAAUCUGGGAGCGGAUCUGCUAUCCAGAGGCGCUCCGCUAUACGGCGACUGGGCCCUGCAUCCAGCCAUUGUAGAACAGCUGUGGCUGCGCUACGGCCAGGCUUCAGUGGAUCUUUUUGCUUCAGAAGAAAACGCGCAGUGUCCGCGUUUUUUCUCCUUGCGCGAUCAGAGCGCGCCUCUCGGUGUGGACGCGCUCGCGCAUGUUUGGCCACCCGUGCUCCUGUAUGCUUUUCCUCCACUGGCGUUAAUACCUCCCACUCUGUCCAGAGUGAGGGAACAUCGCCACACAAUGAUUCUGAUAGCUCCGCUCUGGCCGACAAUGCACUGGCUAGCGGAGAUAUAUCAGCUUCUGUGCGGGCAGCCGUGGCAACUCCCGUUGCGCAGGGAUAUGCUGUCCCAGGCACGGGGGUCGAUUUUCCACCCACAUCCAGAGCGCCUGGCACUUUGGGCCUGGCCCUUUGCCCAGGGGCAGGCUAGGGUACUGCUGAAGCCCAACCCGGCAUAUGUGCCUAAGGUGGUUGGGACUAAGGGUUUCCGAGGAAGUGACCAGCUUUUCAUUUCAUGGGCAGGUCCUCACAGAGGCAAACCUAUCACUAAGCAACGGCUCUCACACUGGAUUGUGGAGGCGAUUGCGCUGGGGUAUUCGAGUCAGGGGCUGCAGGCUCCAGAGGGCCUGCGGGCUCACUCUACUCGUGGUCUGGCGGCAUCCUGGGCCCUGUUUAAAGGGGUGUCAAUCCAGAACAUCUGUGCAGCCGCAAGCUGGUCUUCACCUCUCACUUUCGUCCGGUUCUACAGACUGGAUGUCUCUGCUCCAAGUGUAGCCCAAGCAGUACUGAGCUCUGGCUCCUCGCUUGGAUAG